AUGGAACGCAGAGGAUUGUGGGGUAUCAAAGACAGCAAAGGACACAUCUAUGCUACCUUCAAAAAUCGAUCAGAUGAAGUCAGAGAAAGAGACAGUAAGAAGGACUUUAAAGAAGAGGCCGCUUUGAGUCGUGGCCAAAUCUACAGUAUCAACGUGUACAGCAGCACGCUCCUACUAGCCUGCAUCAGCGGCGACCGCUACAUUGCAAUCGUGCAAGCCAGACGAUCGGUUCGAAUUCGAUCGCAAGCUCAGGUGUACAGCCGUCUCAUCUGCUCGGUCAUAUGGAUGCUUGCUUUUAUCUUGUCUCUGCCUACUUUUAUAUAUUACCAGGAGGUAAACAAGGAAUGCAUCACUAACUUUGAGGAGCAUAACACCGCCAGACUCAUGAAGAUCCUUAUUCCAAGCAUGCAGAUGGUCCUCGGGUUCUUGGUGCCAUUGAUGGUCAUGAUAUUCUGCUACUCGUGCACCAUGGUGACUCUACUCAAAGCUCAAAACUUCCAGAAGCACAAGGCGAUCCGCGUGGUUCUGGCUGUGGUCUUCGUGUUCGUCCUUUGCCAUCUGCCUUACAACGUGGCGCUUCUUGUCUACACCAGUAAACUGUUCAAUGAGAGAAACUGCAAGGAAGAACAGGUGACUCUGAUGACUUUGUCCAUCAGCAGGAGUGUGGCCUACCUUCACUGUUGCUUGAAUCCCAUUCUGUACGCCUUCAUCGGGGUUAAAUUCAGGAGCCACUUUUGUCAGUUCUUCCGAGACUUGCGGUGCCUGGGGAAACGGUACAUUUCGGGACGCUCGUCUCAGCAGACCUCUGAGCUGUACAUAUCAAGGUGUACAGCCGAGGAAAACAAGGAAUGCAUCCUUAACUUUGAAGAGCACAACCUUGCCAGAAUCAUGAAAAUCCUGAUUCCGAGCAUGCAGAUGGUCCUCGGGUUCUUAGUGCCGUUGAUGGUCAUGAUAUUCUGCUACUCGUGCACCAUGGUGACUCUACUCAAAGCUCAAAACUUUCAGAAGCACAAGGCGAUCCGCGUGGUCCUGGCUGUGGUCUUCGUGUUCGUCCUUUGCCAUCUGCCUUACAACGUGGCGCUUCUUGUCUACACCAGUAAACUGUUCAAUGAGAGAAACUGCAAGGAAGAACAGGUGACUCUGAUGACUUUGUCCAUCAGCAGGAGUGUGGCCUACCUUCACUGUUGCUUGAAUCCCAUUCUGUACGCCUUCAUCGGGGUUAAAUUCAGGAGCCACUUUUGUCAGUUCUUCCGAGACUUGCGGUGCCUGGGGAAACGGUACAUUUCGGGACGCUCCUCUCAGCAGACCUCGGAGCUAUACAAGGUUGUGAAAGUGGACUCUCUUUAA